UACUUAAGAAGAAAAUCCUGAUUGAGGUUGUCAUAAUUCAUGCAUGACAGGGCUAAAUAACAAUAAUUACAAUGAAACAUGUCAUACAUCUAUAGUAACAUUAAACAACUAGUGGGUGGCAAGGUAUGGAGUGACACAUCAGUGUCCAAUGUAGUGGUUUAUGUGCAAGUAUACCAUCAACACUGACACAAAUACAAGAAAGCAGCUGUGCACUGUAGUGACCACUAUGCGUGAAAGGGUUAAAUAUUAACUGUGCCUAUCUCCCUCCAUAAGUUGAUUCUUGUGCAGUAUGUAACCUGUGAUAGGUUGAACUGUUCAUGUGAGGUAAGUCGGUAAGAGCUUAUCUCCAAACCAUAAAGAGCCGAGUAGUUUGGACUUUGUGACUAAGUGAAGUUUGCGAUAUUAAUACUUUUAUUUGUUGUGCCAGUUUUCAUUAAAACUGUUCAUGUGUGUCUGCUUUGAGUCCUUUGAAAAACAAAAUGAAUCCAAGUUAUAGAACAAAGCAGUGUUAAAAGGUGUCUUCUUUCCCUUAAAGUGUGCAUAACGAAUACAGACAGAAUGCUACUACACACAUAACGUCCUUAGAGGAGAAAAGAAAAACUGAUCAGGUCUGUUAAGGAGUUGGGUGGGGAAUUUGGUUUAAACAUUACACAAGAUUUUAGGAAAUACAUGAAUCAUUGUUCUCAACAAAAACCACAAAGACCAACAAGUCUGACUAGAUUGUUUGAUGAAGCCCUGAUAACUUAUAGAAGUGGGCGGAGCUGAACAUAUUAUUUAGAUAAACCUGAAACAGUUUCAGAUAACGAUGGCUCUCCAACAGUUUGUGUGCUGUUUCACUGUGGUGAUCAUUUCCUUAUGCAAAGGUUGUCAUUCAGAGCAGCCCGCAUGUGGCAGCAGGGCUGUGAAGAGCAGCAACAUCACAGGAGGUCAGCAUGCAACACCAGGAAGUUGGCCCUGGUACGCUGAAGUAAACUCUCUUUUUGGAGGGUCUCUAAUCACCGACCAGUGGGUGCUGACAACUGCAUCCAUCACACUAUUUGAUUUCAGUAGCAUAGAGGUGUAUCUGGGCCGCCACAGCAAGUCAGGUUCGAACCCAAAUGAGGUGAAUCGGUCAGUGGUCAACUUCACCUGCCAUCCUGAAUUCAACUCGUCGACUCGUGAGAACGACAUUUGCCUUCUGAAGCUGUCGGCUCCUGUGAAUUUCACAGACUACAUACAGCCGAUCUGCUUAGCCUCAGAAAACAGCACUUUCGACAAUGAGACCAGCAGCUGGGUCAUCGGUUUUGGUGACGAUGGUAACGAUUCACUCGCCAACACCCUGCAGGAGGUAAGAAUGAAAAUAGUGGAAAACUUUAAGUGCAAAUUCAUCUAUGAAGACUACUUUAGGAUCGCCGUUGUGACAGAGAACGAGAUCUGUGCUGGCUUCGAGGCUGGAGGCAUUGAUCCAUGUCAGUUUGACAUAGGGGGACCGCUCAUGACCAAAAAAGAGUCAGCCUGGGUCCAGAAUGGACUUCUCAGUUAUACCUUAUGUGGUAUUUUGGGAAGACCUUCAGUGUUCACUCGUGUAUCCCAGUACCACAAAUGGAUCAGCGACACAGUCACAGGGACUCCACCAGGCUUUGUUCCUGUCACCAACCCAGGCAGUUCAACAUCACCAACCACUAAACUCACCACUCUCCCUACAACUUCCCACAAAAUGUAACAACAUGUUUGACAGUGAUGAAAACCUGAUCUACUUCACUCAUUUCUCUUCAGUCUGCAUUCUUGUUGUUUUACUGCACAUAUUUGCUGGAGCUGGUUCUGUAUUUGCACAGAAACAUGAAAAAUGUUAAACAAUUUUUCACUUUUUUUUUUUGCUUUCAUGAGAUUUUUAAUUUUAAGGUAAUUUACACUUUUACUCCACACUGUAUAAAGUAAAAAAAAAAAGAAAUAAAAAAAAACUAACAAAACAGACAAUGCCCUGGUAAUUUACGGCUGGGGCAUUUUCAGUAUUUAUGGGGUUUUUUUUAAAGAAGUUCACAGGAAUUUUCCAUAAAAUGGAAAAUUCUGUAAAUUUACAUUAUAAUUUCUGUAUAAUUAACAAACAUUUCUAUUAAUACUAAAAUGGAAAAUUUUGUUUUUAUUACAGGCAUUUACUUGCACCACAACUUAAAUGUUCUUUUUCAUGUCUUUGAGCAUACAUUUCUAUAAAAUUACAACUCAAUACACCAUUUACCCCAAAAUUCUUAAAUGUAAACUUCUAAAAUUAACCUGUGCUUAGUACACAACAGCUGUACUUUAAAAGACUGUUACAUUUAAUGUCCUUUUAUCCUUUUAUUCACUUUAACCAAAACAUUAAAAUAAAAUAUGAUAGCAUCCAUCUUUAGAUUAAUGUCUCACAUCAAAAAAAAUGACUAAACAGCUAACAUACAAAAUAACAGAUAAACAAAAUAACUCACAAUCUUUCCCAUUUGAGCAUUUUUAUUUUUCUGAAAUCAAUUUGUCCUCAUGUAAAUGUCUUCAUAUACAUGCAUUCAUGUGGCAUCAAAGAUUAUCCUUCACACAGGACACCUGACAUACAUUUCAUUAGUAUCUUCAUGCUAAAAUCAAUGCUGAGGUUGUUUUGCCUCAGCCAAAUACUUAAGUUGCAAUUUACAUCCAUGUCUCACGAUAUAGUAUACAGUGGCUUGCAAAAGUAUUCGGCCCCCUGAAACUUUUCCACAUUUUGUCACAUUACAGCCACAAACAUGAAUCAAUUUUA